AUGACCAAAGCAGCAUUAGAAGAUGGCAACUGGUUUGCAAAAGACAUCAAAACAAAGCUGAAGGAAAUAUUGGAAAUAGAAGAGGGUGAUAAGAGGUGUUAUGAACCACACUGGGGACAUCUGCGAUGGAUUGACAGGAAUGACUUGACCAACCAUAAUGUGAUGAAUAACUCUGUGAAAGGAAUGGAAGAAAGAAAUAAACUUUUUCAUAAAGAGAGAUGGGCUGAAAUGAGUGCUCUUGUUUUAGAAGAAUUUGGCUUGUUUAAACCAAAAACAAUCAUUGGUCUCUUCAGUCCUCCAGGAUAUUACCUUAGUUUGAAAAACUGCAAUAAUGGAAAGCUUAUGGCAACACUGGAAGAUGAGACAGGACAGAGAUUGAAUGAAGGAGUUAGAUACUUUAAGGAUGUAUUGCUUGUAGAAGCAAGAAUCAUUAUCGCUUCUGUUGUCAAGAACAUAACAUAUAGAGAAGCUGAAGAACUUCUCUAUCCAUUGAAAUAACAAAUUUAUGUUCCGGUUGAUUGAGUUUGCAAAUUUGAUAUAUAUUGGAAUAUUUCAAUUGUGAUAGCAUUGCAAAAGAUGUUCUACAUCAAUUGCUAUAUGACAUGUUGAACAAUAUUUGUUUGCAGAUUCUUUACAGUUAUUAUAUAUCACCAUCUGAUGAAAUAUUGUUAUAAUGUAAAAUGGACUCUGUCAGGGCUCAUGAUCAAUUGUACUUGUUUACUCUAGAUGAACUCAUAAACUCUAAUAAUUGUGAUUUCAUUCAAAUCAAAUCCACACCAGACCAAGCUGUUUUAUCAUUAAUUCCUACUAGAAACAUUAGUUUAAAUGUAGGAAAAAUUUGAUAAAAUUUGAUGUAAUUUGACUUUGAAAAUAUCUAUUAAAGUUUUGUUUUUCUGACAAGUGAAAUGAAUUUCACAUGCAGAAUUCAUACCAUUGGAUUUGGGUGUAAUUUAAAAGGAACACUUGUGCAGCCACGCAUUAUUUCUUAAAUAGUGCCUGUAAUACAUUUGUAUGGUCUUAAUAUUGUGUGGCCAUUUUUUUCCCCUAGGAUUAAUUGAUCUACGUUAUUUUUAUCUUUAAGUUCCUCAGUGACUAAACCCAAUUUGUAUAAAAAUUGGGAGCAGAGCUCUAGUAAAAGGCUUAACAUUAGUUUAUGUUUCAAAUAAUGAUUGUGUCAAAUAAAUUAUUUUCCUUACCA